AUUCUUUCUUGUGUCAUAGAAGUCUUUGUUUUGAUUUUGCAUUCAAGCUUGUGUGGAGUAAAGGCUUACUGACUGAAUUGAAUACCCAACUGUCAUUCGACUGAAAAUGUUUAAACUACAGUUGUUUCGUGUGUUUUUAAAUGAGCGUUUAACGGCGGCUGCUGUGGAUAUUUUUGGGGCAGUUGAGAAAACGGUAGUGGAGUACCAGGAGGAGAAUGAUCGGCUACGGAGACUGCUGGGGAUCACACCGGAGCACAUUACACCAGAGUUACAACUAUGUCGAACUGACUCCCUGCAGCUCUCUCUCUCUGUCUCUGAAGAGGAGGUUCCCCCUGAGCAGCAGCACUGUGAGCAGGAGUGGAGUCCCAGUCUGGAGCAGGAGGACCCAGAGACCACACAGAUUAAAGAAGAACAGGAGGAACUCAGCACCAGUCAGGAGGAAGAGCAGCUUCAAGGGCUCUUUGAUACCAAAGACUUUAUAUUUACUCCUUCCUGUGUGAAAGGUGAAUGUGAUCAGGAGGACCCACUUCAGUCCCUGACUCUUCCCCAAACCCAGACUGUGGAGAACAGAGAGAGAGACUCUAAAGCAGUGAAUCUCAAACCUUACGCCACUGUGACCCGCCUAAAGGAUCUCAACAAUCUGUGUGACCCUCCAGAUAAUCAAAACAAUGCUUUCAUCCUCAGCUCAGCCAUAAGCAGCGACCCAGUAGGACAUGACAGCAGCCCACUAUUGGAUCCCAACCCACUGUUGAAUCUCAACCCACCAAUGGAGAAACAGUGUUUCAAACCCAGCACAUCUAGAAAAACUCACCACUGCCGUGACUGUGGUGAAACAUUUGCACUGAAAGCUGACCUGCAGAGGCAUGUGACUCACACUAGGAAGAGACCCAGUGAAUGCCUCUUCUGCAAAAAACUCUAUACCUCCACCUGUAAACUGAAGGCCCAUGUCCAACUCUGUCAUGGUGGUAAACCCUGCACCUGCCCCUUUUGUGGGAAGACCUUCAAACAAAAAGGACAUCUGUCCAGGCACAUGAGUAUUCACACAGGAGAGAAACCAUUUUGCUGUGGUGACUGUUGGAAAAGCUUCAAUCGUAAGGAGCACCUUACCAGGCAUAUACGCAUUCACAGAGGAGAGAAACCUUUUAGCUGUGGUGACUGUGGGAAAAGCUUCAAUCGCAAGGAGCACCUAAGUGAACAUAGACAGACUCACACAGGAGAAAAACAACAUGGCUGCUCAGUCUGUGGUAAAAGAUUCACUCGGAAGACUCAUCUGCUGAAGCAUAUGGACAAUAUCCACAAAGAGAGAAAAACAGACAGAAGAAAGAAAAUCUUCAGUCAGAAGAUGGGAAUAAAAAGACAGGAUGUGGACAACACUCGUAGGAAAGGAGAGCAACUCCAGACCAUUCAUACUGUGGGUCUCAGAUAAAUACAUAUACUGUACCAUGGACUUAAUGUUGUAAAACAGUGUAUGUAAAUAAAGUUUGAUUUGAUUUGAA